CAAGGGACAGGUGUAGUGCAAAAUAAUGAUUCAUAACUUCAAAGAAAACAUGAAAGCUACAUGGAACCAUUGCGUAGAAUCAGCAUCAUAACUUCACCUAAGCUUAAGUCGAAUGUUAUCUUUUUUUGGUUUUUCACCACCGGUAUAAUCCGAUCAGCCUCCUUCCAAUCGAAUUUACGGGGGAUCGAACCGUAGUCCUCCCUACCAAAUCUAGUACCAAUCACCACUGGACUAACUAACUAUUGAUUAUGAUGGACUAAUUUAUUACAACUCUUUACAAAGUGAUUUUUAUAAUAUUAUAAAUUUAUGUCUAAAAGUUAAAAAGGUUUUUCUUUAAAGAAAAAUUAAAAUAAAAGAUUUUAUUUCAAAUCUUUUAUUUGUUCAACUUCCAAAUUGCAACGGUAACUGUGUUUAGUAUAAUUAUUUCAAGUGAUCCUUCCAACUUCCACCACUUUCAAGUAUACAAGGUAUAUCAACCGUUGCAUCCUUCACGUUCCAUUAAAUAGUUAGAAUCUUUUUCACACAUUUCACAUAUCCAAGCGGAAGUGCUAUCACCACCAUCACCAAACAAGAAAAAAAAAACUAACGAAGGAGUAAACAGUUGGAAUCGUGCAACCUUAAUCCACUCUCAUUUCGCUUUCUUCACAGAUUUUACGUAAGCUAAAUUCAAACCCAUUUCGUUUAAUUCUCUUUUACGCUUCACAGCUUACUGCGUUCUGCUCUAGAACCCUAGUCUAUAAUGGCGACAGAACAGGUCCCCUACUCCUCAAAGUCAAUUAAGGAUCAAAAAGACAAAUCACAAGAUGUUAAGCUUGCAACAAGCUUAACAACACUUUUGAGCCUUAAAUUGACAAGUGAAAAGAAAAAGUUAAUGGAAAAUUCCAUUUUUUUCUACUUUGUUGAAAGUCAAAGAUGGAAAAGAGAGUUCUGCAACUCUCAUAUCAAGUUUUUGCAAAUUAUAUGAACAUAAAAAUCGAAGGUUUGUCUUAAACAAUGAGACAUCCUUCACUUUUUGUGUCCAAGAAGUAGCGGAUGUCCUCGGUGUUGAAAAUACCGGGACUGAUUACGUUCCGUCUAAUAGGUCAACACUUCCUCAAUCUGUAUAUGAGCUUCUUCGGGAUGCAAGAAAUAAACUCAAUACAGCACGUCUUAAGGAUUAUUUGAGAACGAUGGCUAUUGAUGACGAACAGAGCAAGUCACUCUUCAAACAACUGCUGGCAUACUUUAUAGUAGAUCAGAUUUUACUAUGCUCUUCCAAUCCCAAGGUCCUCCGUUCUUCGUCUUGGGGGGCGGUCGCAGAUAUGGAGGCUUUUGAGAAAAUCAACUGGGCAAAAGCCGUUUUUGAACACAUCUGUAAAGCUCUCAAAGAACUUAAGGAGUUGAUUCCAAAUCCUGGUCAGCAUACUUUUAAGGCAUGUGGAAAUAUUUUAGAGACAAUCCUGUACAAUAGGAUAUCUUCCAUACAGCCACAAAUAAUGUCUGAUCAUCCCCUCCAAAAGUACCGUCCCAAAAGGUUUGAUGCUGCGUCUAUCGAGGAAAAGCUUAAUAAGCUUAAAUUAUCUGAGAUAAUUCAUUGCAAAUGCUGUGAGGGUGACGCACUAGAGGGUGAUGCAGAUGAUGCACUAGAGGGUGUUACUUGCUCAGUGGAGGACCCUCCGUGAGAAGGUCGGCCCAAUGGAAGCACAUGAACAUCUAUUUUACGAAGGUUAUAGACUUAUAUUCCUAACAAUGGUAGCUAUAGUAAUUGCGACAGUCUUGCUUGCAGAAACCUUGGAAACAGCCUCUACUUGCAGACAUAUCCCCCACCCAAGAUUCUUACAAUAACAGAGCCCCUAC